UAACUAUUUUAUCAUAAUUAAGUAGAAGAGUGGAGUAAACACAUUAGUGUUAUUCUUUCACUGGACAUAGUUUGAGCAGGAUCUAAAAUGGCAGAGGAGCCAACUGUCAUCAGAGUCUGGCUGUUGACGGUCGAGGUGAUAUCGACUCUGUUAAGGAUUAUUUUCGAGCUGGCUCGGGGCAUUUAUCUUUCAUUCAUGCCACGUGCUCCGAAGGAUGUUUCGGGAGAAAUUAUACUGAUUACAGGAGCAGGACACGGCAUGGGCCGUGAGGUGGCCAUUAGGUUUGCCAAUCUGGGAGCUACCAUCGUAUGUGUGGACAUCAACCAGGAGAGCAACCAGGAAACUGUUGACUUGAUCAAGGAGGCUAAGGGCACUGCUCUCAGAUUCGAGGCAGAUGUCACAGAUCGCGAAGCAGUAUUCAAACUAGCCCAGAGAGUUACCAUCGAAGUUGGAGACGUCACGAUCCUGGUGAACAACGCCGGUAUCAUGCCCUGUAAGCCUCUGCUGCGGUGGUCGGAGAAGGAAGUGCGCUCCACCAUGGAUAUUAACGUGAAUGGGAACAUUUGGAUGAUCCAAGCCUUCCUCCCCACAAUGCUGGAGCGCAACUAUGGCCACAUCGUAGCCAUGUCGUCCAUAGCCGGUAUGAUGCCCGUACCCAACCUAGUGCCCUACUGCGGCUCUAAGUUCGCCGUCAGAGCCAUCAUGGACACACUAGCACUGGAGCUUCAGAGCCAGCCGAGAGAUGCAAGUGGACUCAAGUUCACCACCAUCUGCCCCUUCGUGGUCAACACGGGUCUCUGUCACCGGCCGAAGUCUCGCUUCCCCGCGCUCAUCAAAACCGUGGAGACUGCAGAUGCUGCUGACAAAAUCGUGGAUGCUGUCCGACGAGAGAUCAGAGAAAUAUCCAUACCAGGGGACCUGCAUUACCUUGUCAGGUACUUCAUGUGGCUGGUGCCGUUCCCUGUCGUCAAGAUCAUCAACUCGUUCAUAGACGCUGGCGUCAACCCACACGACUAGAAGAGUAAAAAUUAUGGAAUAAAAAAGGAAUGAAAAACUAUCGCAGUAACUGAAGAAUAAAAAAGUAACGUCGAGAAUAAGGUCAACCGAUCGUUCUACCUCGAACUACCAAAGCUUACCCAACUAGAAUGCCUAGCGACAUCUAACGUGAGAGUACAAGACUAAUUAACGAAAUUGAUGACUCAAAUUGGCAGUUUGAAAAAUAAAGUUAUAAAAUUUCUAGUCUAGGUAGUCUAGCUUUUAAGUAGGUACUAAUAAUAAUUUAGAAUAGGUAUCAUUCGCAUUUAAAGGUAUGCCACAAUAUGCUAUUUUUAUAUACCAAAGAAACUUUAUAAGUUUAACCAUAAUGCUGUUAGACUUAUGAACAACCAUGUACAUAUUUUGUGUCCAUUUACAUAGUAAAUCUAUAUAGGUAAAACCAAUAAAUAUUAUAAUUAA